AUGCGCAUUACGGGAGUCCGGCUACGGCAAACGAAGGCCUCCUACUUCUCCUUCCACGGGACUUUACGCACGUGGUGCCUCGUAAGGCGCAGUGCGGGAGUCCGGCUACGGCAAACGGAAGGCCGUCGACGAAUCGACGCCACUUACCGCACGGCAGCAGGAGUACCGGCUGUCGCCGUCUCUUGCUGUGCUGUCGUCGUCGUCGUCGUCGUCGCCCGACACUUCCUCUCCGCCGCGCCACCGGGCCGUCCGUCCGGCCGCUCUCUCUUUCAGUCUUUAGCAGACGAAUGCGGUUCGUGCACGACGCACGUCCGGCUACGGCAAACGAAGGCAUUCGACGAACUUAGGCAUUUAACGAUUCUACGGGACUUACGCACAUGCAUCGUAAUGCGCAUUACGGGAGUCCGGCUACGGCAAACGAAGGCCUCCUACUUCUCCUUCCACGGGACUUUACGCACGUGGUGCCUCGUAAGGCGCAGUGCGGGAGUCCGGCUACGGCAAACGGAAGGCCGUCGACGAAUCGACGCCACUUACCGCACGGCAGCAGGAGUACCGGCUGUCGCCGUCUCUUGCUGUGCUGUCGUCGUCGUCGUCGUCGUCGCCCGACACUUCCUCUCCGCCGCGCCACCGGGCCGUCCGUCCCGCCUCUCUCUUUCAGUCUUUAGCAGACGAAUGCGUAAUUUCGCCGAUCGCUGCCGAGGCGGGCGACGCGCGUCCGGCUACGGCAAACGAAGGCCUCCCUUCGAGGAACUACGCACUUACCUUCUAAGGCGCAUUACGGGGUCCGGCUACGGUAAACGAAGGCCACCGACGCACUUCGGCACUAGUUCGGGCUAG